UUUUUCUUCGUUGCAGACACCUCAUAGAGAUUUCAAUUACCGAUGUUUUAUAGUGUAAACACGAAUUUGAAGUGACGAAUUUGUAUCGAUUUGACGAGACAUUUGAAUUAAGAUAUCGCGAUUCACUACGACGAGUUCCAGAGAUAGCUGCGACCUCUGGUAGUAAGACAUGGUGACGAAGUUACGGCCUCCAAUUGAGUUGUAUCGACCACCGAGCUUGAGAACAGACGGUGACGGAAACGACGGGGAGGACUCGUCUUCGUUGUCAGUGUCAUUGAUGUUCAGGGACCAAGUUCCUCAACAAAAUCCGAGACAGAGUUCAACCAGCAGCCAGCAUCAGUGCCAAGACACGGUUGUUGCGUUUUCCUCCUUGCCAGACACAGUGACGACUUUCGCCGCCACGAAAACCGCCCCGACGACGCUGCAGUUGUCGAAGUCGACCACGAAUCUCGCCGGGAUGUUUCCGGCUGCGACAAGUUUCCAGUCAUCCCAGAUCUUCAAUGGGAUCCCGUUCGCAGUUCCCAUUUCUACUGCACCGAAAUUCCAAGCAAGACACGAUCCUGGUCUUUAUCACCAUCAAACUGCUUCAUCAGCAGCAGUUCGACAUCACUUUCAACAUCAGCAGCCUGUCAAAGGGAGACUCAACGACUUGGACCCGCAGCCAACAUCCAAUCCAAAAUUUUCCGGAGCAUCUCUGAAGCGAUCCAAAAGCCUCGGAUCGACUGAUUUUCACAAAAAGCAGCAGGAAUUGCGAGCGAAAUCAGCAGAGCUUCUCCUUCACCAACUGCCGACUGAAUCUAGGGAAAUGUUCGCUGAAGCUCUGUCCAAUCCCAAAGAUUUAUCCGUCAAGCGGCUGAUGAAACUGGCGGAAGCAACCGUGGAAUGCGCUGUGGCAGACAAGAGGCUUUCCCGUCCUUGUGCUGAAAUCUGCGCAUCAAUUACUCAGCGCGAGCCUGGAUUGACCUUCACUGAGAGUCUAUUGAACACAAGCAGAGACUGGUUCAUGCAGCGCAACGAGAAACUGUUGUUGAGCGGUAAUUGCAGAGAUGCCGUUAAAUGGAACGCCUUCGUGGCUUUCGUCGCUGAGCUAUACUUCCAGAUGAAAAGCCAGCGAGAGAAGAGCCCCGACGUGAAGCCAGCCGCCAUCUUGCUACAGAUCCUCUACGAAUGCGUGUACGUUUCCCUGAAAGCAGGCAACUUGAACAACCACCUCGAGUUGGAAGCACUGACGCUGAUCCUGACGUCGGUCGGCAAGGACUUGGACGCCGAGAAGAGCCGGAAGAUGGACAACUUGUUUUCUGCGAUCCGGGAAAACUUCCUGCUGUCUGCCGACCUGAACCCGGAAGUUAAAAAGACUUUGUUGCAAUUGGUGGAGCUUCGGGCUUCCGGCUGGCAGCUUUCCAAAGCAGCUACCGUUUACUAUUACUUGAAUCGCCCGUCCCAGCUCAGGCGGCCGCUAGAAAGUUCGAUGUUCUUCCGCCAGGACAAAUGUUUGCAUCGAUCUCUCGAGCAAGAAAUCGUAUCUGCUACUAGAUAG